CCCCGGAAACGUUUCUUUCCUACGUAGCCGCUCCUGCCGCUGUGGUCGCUGGAGCUUUGCCUCUCUAGGCCGGCAGCGCCUCUCCUCCAUGGUCCUGUCUGUCUGCGCUGUUUUGGGAGCCCGCCGGUGAGGCCGGGCCACGCUCAGACACUUCGAUCGUCGAGUCUGUCACUGGGCAUGGCGGGUCAGUUCCGCAGCUACGUGUGGGACCCGCUGCUGAUCCUGUCGCAGAUCGUCCUCAUGCAGACCGUGUAUUACGGCUCGCUGGGCCUGUGGCUGGCGCUGGUGGACGGGCUAGUGCGAAGCAGCCCCUCGCUGGACCAGAUGUUCGACGCCGAGAUCCUGGGCUUUUCCACCCCUCCAGGCCGGCUCUCCAUGAUGUCCUUCAUCCUCAACGCCCUCACCUGUGCCCUGGGCUUGCUGUACUUCAUCCGGCGAGGAAAGCAGUGUCUGGAUUUCACUGUCACUGUCCAUUUCUUUCACCUCCUGGGCUGCUGGUUCUACAGCUCCCGUUUCCCCUCGGCGCUGACCUGGUGGCUGGUCCAAGCCGUGUGCAUUGCACUCAUGGCUGUCAUCGGGGAGUACCUGUGCAUGCGGACGGAGCUCAAGGAGAUACCCCUCAACUCAGCCCCUAAAUCCAAUGUCUAGAAUCAGGCCCUUUGGACAUCCUGCUGACACUUGGGCCCCUUAACACCUUGGGCUGCUCAGACCCUCCAGAUGAGGUCCAGCCCAUAUCUGAGAGGAACCCUGGAAAUGUGAAGUCUCUGUUGGUGUGGGAGAGAUAGUGAGGGCCUGUCAAAGAAGGCAGGUAGCAGUCAGCAUGACAGCUGCAAGAAUGGCCUCUGUCUGCUGAAGCCUUGGUAUCUGAGAGGUCAGGAAGGGGACCUCUUUGAGGGUAAUAACAGAAUUGGAACCAUGCCACUCUUGAGCCACAAUACUUGUCACCAGCCUGUUGUUUUAAGAGAGAAAAAAAAUCAAGGAUCUCUGAUUGGAGCAAACCACUUCUUUAGUCAUCUGUCUUACCUCCCGGGGACAGCUAUUACCUUUGCAGUGUUGCCAAAUCACAGCAGUUCUGUUGGAGAAACGCUCGGUUUCUGGAUCCAGAGCCACAGAAAGAAAUGUAGGUGUGAAGUAUUAGGCCGCUGUCAGGGAGAGGCUGGCAGAUGGAGGCAUCAAGCACAAGGAAAAUGCACAACCUGUGCCCUGUUAUACGCACAUUCGUGUGCACCCAAGAACCUAUGACUUUCUUCCAGUUCCUUCUACCAGGUCCCCAUCCUGCUGCCAGCUCUCAACAUAGCAGGCCAUAGGACCCAGAGAAGAAUCCCAGCGUUGCUCAAAGUCUAACCAUCGUAAAGACACUGUCUGUCUUCUAGGAAUGACCAGGCACCCAGCUCCCACUGGACUCGUUCUUUUUCCUGCCUUAUUUAGAAUUCUUUGGCGGGAAGGGUAUGAUGGGUUCCCAGAGACAAGAAGCCCAACCUUCUGGCCUGGGCUGUGCUGAUAGUGCUGAGGGAGAUAGGAAUUUGCUGCUAAGAUUUUUCUUUGGGGUGGAGUUUCCUCUGUGAGGGGUUUGCAGCUGUCUUUCCUGUGUAUACAAAUACAGUAUUUUCCAUGGU